CUGUGAUAAAAUUGCUGUGAUUUACGCGCCUUCGGUCGGCGUUUUUUCGGAAAUAGAAAAGUUUAGUGUUUGUCGUUAUUUGUUUGUUUAUAGUGAUAAUUAACUUUUGUAUUUUGUUUGAUAUGAUAAGUUUAAGUUUUUAAAUCAAUAUGAUUGGAAACGAUGCUUCAAAAUGGUCCCAAGAGGAUACUAUCAGAAUUUUAAUUGCAUCUGAUAUUCAUUUAGGUUAUUUGGAAAAUGAUCCUGUCCGCGGUGAAGACAGUUUUAUCGCUUUUGAAGAAGUAUUAUCACAUGCUGUUCAGUUUGAUGUCGAUUUAAUUUUACUUGGAGGUGAUCUAUUCGAUCACGCUAAACCCUCACCAAGUUGUUUGUUUAAAUGUACCCAGAUCAUAAGGAAGUAUUGUUUUGGAGAUAAACCAAUCGCAAUAGAAUUAUUAUCAGAUCAAUUCGAAAAUUUCGCUCGUGUUGUAAACUAUGAAGAUCCUAAUUUAAAUAUUUCAUAUCCCAUUUUAUCGAUACACGGAAAUCAUGAUGAUCCAGUGGGACAAGGCAGCAUCAGUUCCCUUGAUAUUUUGUCCAUAACUGGUUUAGUGAACUACUUUGGCAAGUGGAGUGACUAUACUCACGUACGUGUAUCACCUGUACUUAUGCAGAAAGGUGAGACAAAAUUAGCAAUGUACGGUUUGAGUCACCUUAAAGAUCAACGUUUAUCACAUUUGUUUGAGGAAAAAAAAGUAGAGAUGGAAAGACCUGAUGAAAGUGAUAACUGGUUCAAUAUUUUGACUUUACACCAAAAUAGAGCUGAUAGGGGUCCCAGUAACUAUAUCCGUGAAUGUGUAUUACCUUCAUUUCUUGAUUUAGUUAUUUGGGGCCAUGAACAUGAUAGCCAAGUGACAGAAAUGAAAGGAAGCAAGAGAGAUGGAUUCCAAGUGAUACAACCAGGAAGCACUGUAGCCACUUCACUGGCUGCUGGAGAAGCUUUGCCUAAGCACUGUGUGCUGUUACAGAUAUACAAGACUGAUUUUAUAUUAACUCCUGUAGCACUUAAAACAGUGAGGCCAUUUAUUUUUAAAACGCUUGUUUUGUCUGAAGAGAAUCUCGGUGAAGAAGAGGUAAACAAAAAUGAGAAGGUACAAGAGUUUCUGAAAUUAAAAGUUAACGAAGCUAUAGAAGAAGCAAAUCAGCUGCUCAAUGGAGAUUCUGCUCAGCCCAAAUUGCCACUCAUAAGAUUGAGUGUAUUUUAUGAACGUGACGGGCAGGAUUUUAAUAGAGUGCGAUUUGGACAGAAUUUCAAUGGAAUGGUGGCAAAUCCUAAUGAUAUACUAAUUAUGAAAAGAGAAAAGAAAAUAAGAGAUCGCAAGGAGAAUAAUUUAUCAAUGGAGGAGGCUGACAUUGCCGGUGUUGCAGCAGAUGCUGUGGAUGUAGAGUCACUGCUACACUCCUACUUUGAACAAUUGCCUGUAGACAAGCAGCUCAGCGUGCUGUCUGUGCGCGCCCUUGCUGAUGCCAUUCGUGAUUUCACACUCAAGAAUGAUGAUGAAGUGUUUCGUCGCGUAUUUGAAGCACAUAAGAGUCGGUGUGUCCAGGCCCUCAUGGAAUCAAACGCCGAAACAGAAGCCGAGGCUGAUGAAAGGAUGCGCAUCUGUAAGGAAGAACUUGACGCUGCUGAUGGUGAUAAGCUCAUUGAGCUGCUGGAUACGGCCGGAAAGCAGUCGCAGUCGACACCAGUCAGUAAGACAACGGCGGCUUCCAAACGAGUUGUCGUUCUCUCCAGCGAUGAUGAGGAACCCCUUAUGGAAGUUGUACAGGCACCGGUGCGAGGCCGUGGGCGAGGGUCGAGAGGUCCACGUGGUGGGCGUGCGCGAGGCCGAGGUCGCGCGAAGGAACCUGAGCCGUCACCUGAACCAGUGGAACGCCGCACGCCGCGCCGUUCGGCGGCACAGAAGUCCGCCACGUGGCUACAGAGCUUAACACAAGGCCGCCGUCGACGAGCUUCUUCGGAGAUUGACGACUCUGACUGAUGCAAUUGUAUCAUAACAUUUAAAAAACGUGUUCAUCAGUAUGGCAGAAUCACCAUUCUAGAAUUUUAUGCUGAAUUCUUAUCUCAAUAAGUCUAUCACUCCGGAAAUGAUUUUAUUUCAGCUUAGCCGCUCCAAAAUAUCACUGAAAAAUACUUUCACCAUUUUAAGUCAUGUCAGGAAUUGAGAAUAAAAUGGUUGUUUGGACAAUUAUAAAUUCUAUAUGAAAUCCAAAGGGUGACGUAAUGAUAUUCACAGAAAGUAAACCAAGAUGUGAUUCCACUACAUAAUUGUAAGGAAACUUUUUAUAUUAUAACAAUAUAAAUCUU